CAGAAUAUAAGAGCUUUUAGUUUGUUUUCAAGUAUUGAACAAAACUCUUAAUUUGUCGCUCAAAACAACAAAUUAUAACAAUGACUGACUUCACGGGUAAAUACAAACAGACCUCAUCUGAAAACUUUGACGCCCUUCUCAAAGAGCUCGGAUUGCCCGAUGAAGUGGUAAAUCGUGCUAGGUCACAGACUGCCGAAGUGGAGAUCACCAAGGAUGGCAGUGUCUACACCAUUAAAACGGUCACAACCAGCAGAACCUGGGAGACUAAGUUCGAGUUGGGCAAGGAGUUUGACACACCUCGUUUUGGGGGUAAAACUGCCAAGUCACUGGUGGUGGCGGACGGCAAUAAACUCAUUGAGACUAUUAAAGGAGAAAAGGAGUUGAAAAUUGUGCGCGAGUUUAAUGGCAAUGAACUUCGGCAAACGUCUACUACCGGUGCGGUGGUAGCGGUCGCGACAUUUGCCAAACAAUAGAUGAAAUAAAUCAAAAUCUCAAUCAUUGAUAUUAAAA